UCCUUUGCUAUCUGGUCAUUGCUGGUCGAUGAUUACCUCUGUGCUUAAAGAGACGCCGGUGGUAUAUGCCUUUGACACUUUCUACUUAUUCUCAUCAUGCGUCCUUGGAGUUCCUACUUUACCGGAUCGAAAAUUUGGUUCUAUGCAUUCUUCUGGGCUUUCCAUAUCCUUAUAUUUGCAGUCGGGUGGUACAUACAGGCCUCAGAUCAAAAGCUUGCAACUCUCAAUGAACUGCAAUAUUCAGUCUGGAUCUCCAGAGGCGCUGGGCUGGUUCUGAGUUGCGAUGCGACCCUUCUGCUGCUGCCCAUGUGCAGGAAUGUCGUCAAGACCAUAAGGCCCCGACUAAAGUGGCUGCCGUUGGACGAGACGGUAUGGUUCCAUCGACAUGUGGCGUACGCCCUGGUUAUCUUCACUGCCAUACACACAGCUGCCCACUACGUCAACUUCUAUAACAUCGAAAAAGACCAUAUCCGACCCGUCAAGGCCGUGCAGAUCCACUACACCGAAGCUGGCGGAAUUACCGGCCAUGUGAUGCUUCUUUGCAUGAUGUUAAUGUACACUACCGCGCACCAGCGAAUCCGACAACAGUCGUUCGAGACUUUCUGGUACACACACCACCUAUUUGUGCCGUUCUUCCUGGCGCUAUACACCCAUGCCACGGGCUGUUUUGUCCGAGACACCGCGCUUCCGAUCUCCCCAUUCGCAGGGGCUCGAUUCUGGAACCACUGCCUGGGGUACGAAGGCUGGAGAUGGGAACUGAUCGGUGGAGGCCUGUACCUCUGCGAAAGACUAUACCGGGAGAUUCGAGCCAGACGCGAGACCGUGAUCACCAAAGUGAUCCGUCAUCCAUACGACGCAAUGGAGAUCCAAUUCCGCAAAGACAGCAUGAAAUACAAAGCCGGCCAAUGGCUCUUCAUCCAAGUCACCGAAGUCUCCAGCAACCAAUGGCACCCAUUCACUAUCACCUCAUGCCCAUUCGACCCGUACGUGAGCGUCCACGUCCGCCAAGUCGGCGACUUCACCCGCGCCCUCGGCGACGCACUGGGCUGCGGACCCGCGCAAGCGCGAGACCUCGAAGGCCUCGACCCACUAGGCAUGUACGAAGUGGCGCUCCAAAACGGGCAAAAGAUGCCGACGCUCCGCGUCGACGGCCCCUACGGCGCGCCCGCCGAAGACGUCUUCGAGAACGAAGUGGCCGUGCUAAUCGGCACCGGCAUCGGGGUGACGCCAUGGGCCUCCAUCCUCAAAAACAUCUGGCAUCUGCGCUCGCGCCCAAACCCGCCGCGCCGGCUCUGCCGCGUCGAGUUCAUCUGGGUCUGCAAGGACACCUCCUCCUUCGAGUGGUUCCAGGCCCUGCUCUCGUCGCUGGAAUCCCAGUCCGCCUCCGAAGCCGCCUACGACGGCAGUGCGGAGUUCCUGCGCAUCCACACCUAUCUCACCCAGCGACUGGACGACGACACCGCCGCGAACAUCUAUCUCAAUUCCGUCGGCCAGGACGUCGAUCCCCUCACCGAACUGAGAAGUCGGACGAAUUUCGGCCGUCCCGACUUCAAGCGUCUGUUCACGGCUAUGCGCGAUGGCCUGCAGGAGCAGACGUACUUGACCGGCUUGCAUGGCAACUCGACGACCCAGAUCGGGGUCUAUUUCUGUGGUCCGAAUGCCGCGGCGAGACAGAUCCGCGAUGCGGCCAUGUCGACGUCUACGAAGGACAUCAGGUUUAAGUUCUGGAAGGAGCACUUCUAAUUUUUUGCAACUAACUGACUGGCUGAGUGAAAUGAUCAGCUACGUGCGUGCGUGCGUGCGCUCGUGCGUGCAUGUAUAUGUGGGAUUCAGGCGAGCGAGAGAGAAAACCACAAAAAUAAUAACCAACCCCUGCUAACUAGUUACGAAUUACUGAUGACUAAUGACCGUGUUCAUGUCUUUCUUUGGAUUUAUGUCAAUCGAUCAGUCGAUCAAUGUACC